UGAUGAUAAGGAGAAAAACAUCUGAACUGCCCAGAAAAAGUACUGAAGAUCAGAAAACAGUAUUUGAAAUAUGUAGCUAAGUUAUAUCUAGCUGGAUUCUUCUCUUCUAUGUUUUUUGAUACUGUCAUGUAGCAUUACUUCUAACAUCCCAUUAAACAUAACUUGUUUUUCAAGUGUAGCAGAAUACUUGCUUACUAUAACCAGGUACAGGGUUGGGAUCAUCUAUCCAUGCUGGAAAGUGCUGGCAAAGUUCAGCCUACCAUAAAAUGAUUAGAAGCCUAAGGGACCACCAGCCUUCUGUACAAGCCUAUUUCAGUUGUUCCAGUGAGUGAAAUUAGAUGAUGAAUCAAAACAUUAAUUUAGACUGUAUUCAGAAACAAAUGGAAGAGAUGGAGGCUUUUGGGACCCAACCAACACAACCUGAUAAAUUAGAUAGAUGUUGGCAACCAGGUGACCACCUGUUUCAUUCAAAUCUUCCAUCUCAAAGUUUCUACCCAAAUUCACCUCAUUAUGCACAUAUGCAUACAAGUUACAGCAGUGAUUGGGAAAUUUUUGAAGCAGUAAAAAUACAGGAACUGGAGGAAGUCAAAGCCAGAGCUGCCCAAAUGGAGAAGACCAUGCGCUGGUGGUCAGAUUGCACCGCUAAUUGGAGAGAGAAAUGGAGCAAAGUGAGAGGAGAAAGAAAUAAAGCACGAGAGGAAGCAAGACAAUUGAGAAUCAGACUAGACAGUGUCAUAAAAGAGGUUAGUGUGCUUAAAAAAAUAAAUCAGGAUUUAGUAAGUGAGAAGGAAAACUUAGAAAAUGGAACUGCUUGGAAAACGGAAUGCUGUUGCUCAGAAAUAUCCUGUAUUAAAAAAGACCAAAGCCUGUUAAUGUUUCUGGAACCAGAACCUCCAAAAGACCUAACCAAAAUCAUCAAAAUUCCUGGGGCAGAAGACACAAAGAAGGAUGUAAACAAAGACCAAAGCAAUGACAAUAAAAAAAUCACCCCAAAGCCUCCCGAUUUCUUCCCCAAUGGACUUCCCAGCAUCUGUGUGGAGAAAUCUAAAAUCAGUUUGGGCACUACAGCUAAGACAACAGAGAAUGAUUUAAUACAUGUAUCAGUCUUAAAUUUGCAUUUGGCUGAGAUGAGGAAAAUCCUACAGAAGGAAAGAGAAAUGAAUGUAUUUCUGGAGAAAGAAAUGGAAAAGAUGGAAAACGAAUUAUUUCUUUGGAAAUGGAAAUAUGAAGAACUGAGACAAACCAAGCUGGAAAGCCUGAAACAGAUGGAAAGAAUGCGGCGUGAGAAUGCCUCUGAAUGGGGAAAGAGAGAGCAACUAGAAGCAGAAAAACAAAGUUUGGAAGAAGAGACCAGAAAACUCAAAAUGCAGAGGAAAGGUGUGAGAGAACAGCUGGGUGGAUAUCUGGAAUUCAGUCAAGGUCAUCUCAUCAUAGUGUCAGAGUUGUCAUUUGGUAAAGAGGAAAAUGUGCGUCCAAGUGUGCCAAUGCUCUGUUCAAGUUUCAUUCCUUUGAAUCCAGCCUGUCAAAUCUGAUUAAUCAAGUAAAGAGGCGGAAGGAAGUCAACGCAGGAUUUGGGACCAGACAAAGUUCCUUGUCUGUUGCUGGAGAUUCUACCAUGACAGUGAGUGAAGAUAUGGGAGAUCACCAAAAACCCCUGCAGCAACGAGACUGACAGCAAAGAGGAGACGCCAACACUGCUCAUGAAGACAUACAAGAAAGUUUCAUCAAAAAAGUGCAUGUCAGAUAUGUAUAGGAAUACUGUGUGCAUUGUUUCUAUGCAUUCCUGGUUUUUUUAUAGGAACCAAGGAAAACAUGCUAGAGUCAGGGUGCACAUUUCUAGAAGUCGUGUUGGCCAUUGUCCUUCCUUUCCAGUUGUUCUAACUGCUCUCUUCUGAAGCAAAAGGUGGACUUUAAUUAAAAUGUUCUAUAUUUUACCUUUGGGAAAAAGGACUUUAAAAUGUGCAUGAUCUAUGACAGGUUCACAUUCAGUCCUGGGAAGACGUUGAGUCUGAAAUGGAAGUCAGUGGUUUGUUUCUUGCUUUGGUUGUGUGUUUUACUUUCAUAACAUAGUGGAAAAAAUAUCUGUAUCACAGGACCCCCAGUUCUACCAGAGUGAAAUGUCUAUUACACUUUUCUUUCAUUAGAAAAAAGAAGGAAAAAAUUAUUUUAAAUACCCAAAAAUUAUCACAUACACAUUUAGAUUUAAAAAAAUCCUUUCCCUAUGUGUUUCUUAUACUCACCACAUAACAAAAGAAAUGCAUCUCAAAUUUACCUUAUUGUCUACAUAUCGCAUUUUAACUUAAAUUUUACUUUAUUAAUUCUCCAUGAAAAAGAAUUGUAAUUAUCAUGGAGGAAGUAACAUAAAUAAGAUAAACUGGAAAAGCAGAUUUUGAAGAUUUUAGAAAAUUUACAAUUUAUAAAAACAACAACAACUUUCAGCCAUCAAGGGAGACAUAAAUUAUAAUUUUGAUUGCCAUGUGUAAUUGAUAAUGGGUAUAUGCAGAUUCUAUUUCACAAGGCUUGCUGUAAUUGCUCAGGAAUAUAUUUGUUUCACUCCUUAUAUCCCUAUAAACGGAAAACAUAUCUUAGGGCUCUAGUUCUAUUUAAAGCUAUUUCCUUUCCAAGAGGGGGUUGUUAGAGCUCUUGAUUUCUUUUGCAACCUAGGACAACACACAAAAAGUGAGAAGUCUUAAAGAUUAUUUCUUGCACAGGAAUUGCAUUUUUCCCAGGAAUUCUCCGAGCUGCAGAUGCUUUGAAGCUGGGAACAAAAUGUUCUUAUGACCCUCUCUGAGCUUUAGGCUGCUGCUGGAGAUGGGAUGUGAGAGCAGAAGUAUCUGUGUUUUGAUAACCUUUAUGUAUUCUUAACCCUCUUUCAUGUUUGUAAUGCUGAACUAAUUUCAGGCACUACCCCUCAGUACAUGCUAAGGGAUAUACAAUGAGGGAAUUCUGUCUUUGCUGCCAGUAGCUGAUUUACAACUUCGUCAACAAGGUACAGAGAUGCUGUGAGACAAUUUAUUUUUAAAUGGAAUUUAAACAUGUAAUACUUACAAGAAUUGACAAUAAGAUUCAUAAUUCUUUUUUUUUCAUAAUUCAAAUUUCCUCCCUUUAUUAGCUCACUGAUUCAAGGUUUUAUAUUAGACAAAAGAUCUCUGGACUUGUUCCAUGCAUUGUGAAAUAGCACACUGACUUUCUCUAAAACUCCAUCUCCUUUUCUUAUGCCAGCGUCUUCACGAUGCCACAGUGUGUGAAAUGGCUGCAUUGAAAAUGUUGAUGUGAACAAUAGAAAUGGAAAGUGCGUAAUUAUUGAUUUUUAAGUGCUGCAGCAGCCAAAUGUACUUCUAGGGCUAUACUGAAGCACUAGAAAGAAUGGCAACACAGCAGCUUACUGAUAAAAGCUUGUAUCAUUUAGAUUAACUUCAGAGAUAAGAUCUUUCUCUUUUUUUCCCUUUGACAGACCAUUAGAAAUACAGCUAUUUUAGAGAUAAAGUAUGGUUUCAGCACUGACCAAAAUACCUAUAAGCUCCAGAGUAUUUUUUUCAGUUCUCAGUAAUAACUGUGCCUAAAAAUCAAGUCAAAUUAUAUUAGGGAUUACUGGGGAAUUUGGGAUUCUGUCUUUUCUGUCUCUAUUUCUAAAUCUGAAAGAAAACCAAUUGGUGCUGGAGAACACUUCUGUGCUAACAGCUUGGUAGUGCAACAUGGAUAUUGAGGGAAAUCAAACCAGGAGCUACUUUCUGCUGCUCUUUUUUAACUCUAUCAUAAACCCUUUCAUAUGUGUUCACUUAUUUAAUAAUAAUAAAAGUAUUAUACAGCCCCAGCAGAUGGGACACACCCGGCUGGUCUAAAAGUCAUGGUGACAAUAAAAUAUCACCACAUGAUGCUAGUUUUACAAUUUAUAUUUCAGUAUGUCAGUACAGUAUCUUUUCUUUCUCAUGAGAAAAUUUUAGUCUCUUUUGGGGUAGUUAAUAUUGACAUUUAUCCUGCACAUAUCUUUCUGAUCACUUAUUGAUCAUAUUUUACUUUCAGGCACCUUCUGAAUAGCACUUUUUAAGUUUUCUUUCUUGCCUCUUAUAGAUCACACAAGAUGCCUUAACUUUUCAUGAUUUCUCCCUAUUGCCUGAGACAGAGAAAACUCAGCUACUUACAUUACCUAAAUAAAAUAUUUAUUUCAUCUUUAUAUAUGCAGAGAACUUCAGAGGCUUCUCUGAAGAAGUAAACGCAUAAAUUAGUCACUUGAAAGUGAGUCAAAAUAAGAUGAUGUAUGAUUACCCUGGCUGCAGUUGAGAAUGUGUGAGAAUGCUAAUUUAUGACCUUUCCAUAAUAAUACUAGAAUAUUUCCUGAUCUUAAAUAUACACCUAUGAUAUUUGCUAUAUACCAAUGUUCCCACCAUUCCUCUUCACAUUUUCCAUGUGGGAAGUGAAGAUACACACAUUUGUGCAGGAGUGGUUUGCUCAAGGUCACCAAGCAUAAUUAUGGGAAAACCAAGAAAACUAACCUUAAAUCUGGUAGGAAACAAUUGAGCUGUUCAUCUUUUGAGAUGAAUGGUGCCUAAAACAGUGGAAAAAAUAGUCGUUCCUAUUUUCCUUUGUAAGAUAAUAAAUAGCAUGAAUCUUUUAUGUGGUCAGUUUUGCAAACUGAUUGUAAACACAGUGAUAGAAUGACAUGGAAAAAAUUUUCAUAAUGCUCAAUUAAACCUUGUUUGAUACCA